UUCCUUUGGUAGAAUUAUUUUUUGUUUUUUAGUUUUCAAUUUUGAAACAUUUUUUAAUACUCCGAAACAAGUUCCUUAAACUUCAUAAUGAUCGAGAACGUGUGGGAAGAUAAUUCAUGGAUGUUGGAUAAUGUUCUUGGUCUCAUCAAACUUCGUAUCAAAAGAGGAAUUAAUCUCGCAAUUCGUGAUUCUACUUCCAGCGACCCUUAUGUUAUUGUCAACAUGGAUGGUGAACUGCAGAAAUUGAAGACUCAUGUAGUGAAAAACAAUUGCAACCCUGAGUGGAACGAAGAACUAACCCUUUCGAUAAGGGAUGUUCAUACUCCAAUACUUCUCUCAGUUUUUGACAAAGACACUUUCACUAUCGAUGACAAAGCGGGUGAUGCAGAGAUAGACUUGAAACCAUAUGCUAAUGCUGUACAGAUGAAAUUGGACACUCUUCCAGAAGGUUUUGUAAUUACGAGGAUUCAACCAAAUAUGACUAAUUGUCUUUCUGAAGAGAGUAGUUGUAUUUGGAAAGAUGGGAAAGUAAUCCAAGAAAUGAUUCUAAAAUUGAGAAAUGUCGAGAGUGGUGAAUUGGUUGUGGAAAUUGAAUGGGUGGAUAUUCCUGGGAGUAGAGGUCUAUUAGGGGGACAAAGUUAAGUUGUCUCCAUUUUAGUAACAAUUAAUAUUACGUUAG